CAUAAUCGUCAUUCGUCAUCAAGCAGUUCGGAGCAACGGGUCGUUUUUCAUUGUGCGCUUGUUGGUAGCAACAUUUUAUAUAAAGAAAAUUGCUGUGGAAAUUCUUUCCUAAUUGGAUUACGUGUGAUUGCUCAAAAACACACUUUGUGAUUAGUGUCGUAAGUGUUCCGUCAUGAAGAAUCUACUGCUGGCUUUGGCUGGCGUUCUGCUGGUGACGGCAUCGGCGUGGGCCUCACCAGUAGAAGCCAGCGGACGUCGCUUAGUCGGAGCAAGGGAAUGCACCUGGGGCCCCACCUACUGGUGUUCCAAUUUGAAGAAUGCCAAAAACUGCGGUGCGGUAACACAUUGCAUUCAAACGGUGUGGGAAAAACAAAAGUACCCAGUUGAUAACGAUGAAAUUUGUAACAUCUGUCUGGAUAUGGUCAAGCAAGCGCGCGAUCAGUUGGAAAGCAAUGAAACUCAAGCCGAUCUGAAGGCCGUCUUUGAGGGAUCGUGCAAUUUGGUCCCAAUUAAGGUGGUCCGGAAGGAGUGCAAGAAACUGGCCGACGAUUUCAUUCCGGAACUAGUGGAAGCGCUGGCUUCACAGAUGAACCCGAAUGUUGUCUGCAGUGUAGCAGGACUGUGCAACAAUGCGGCUAUCGAUAAGAUGCUGGAGGAGAUGCCAGCUCAGAAGCCGAAAGAUCAGGAUAACUUGGAUGAUUCCACAAGUUUGAGCCGGGAAACGACGGACGAAUUCAGCUGUGAAAAGUGCAACACGAUCGCUGGAUUGAUCUCUAAUCGGUUCCACGCAACCGAUCGCGAUCAGGUACUUGAAGGAUUUUUGCGAUUCUGUGGUCAGAUGGGCUCUUUCUCAGAUGGAUGUUCCAGCAUUGUGCUGACUUAUUUCAAUGAAAUUUACGACCAUAUGACUGAGGAACUUAAUGCUAAGAACGUAUGCCACAUGUCGGGUGCAUGUGCCGGUCAGUUCCACCAGCACAAAGAAAGCGACGAAAUCGAAAUCAGACCCAUGGGUGGAAUUGGCGUCAUCAAAGUUGAGAAUGAACAACUAGUGGGUGACGAUAUUCCGUGCAAGCUGUGCGAACAACUUGUCGACCACUUGCGAGACCUGCUAAUUGCGAAUACGACGGAACUCGAGUUCAAGCAGGUAUUGGAGGGACUUUGCAAACAAACUAAAGCUUUCAGUGAUGAAUGUUUGAAUCUGGUGGAUCAGUAUUACGAGGAAAUUUACAACACCCUGGUUCAUAACUUGGAUAGUAACAGUGCCUGCUUCAUGAUUGGUGUUUGCCCGAAGGGGCUGAACAAGGCACUAGACGGCCCAAUCAUGCCCAUUGUUCCCAUACGAGUCGCUAUUAUUCACGAACAAAAUAGUGCUCCACGUGUUCCUCCAAAGAAGUUACUUGGCGAAAAUGAGCCCGUACUAUCCGCGGUUGAAAUACAACAAGCUCAAUUGCCGAUUGAUCGUCUUAUGGGAGCUCCUUUGUCUCUGAAUUUAGUCGAGAACGGAAAAUUCUGUACCCUCUGCGAAUACUUCAUGCACUUCGUUCAGGAAGCUUUAAGUGAGCCGGCAAAUGAAGAUGAAAUAAAGAAAGCAGUUGAAACAACUUGUGAUAAGCUUCCAAAAGCCGUCAGGUCCGAAUGUCACAGUUUUGUUGAUCUCUAUGGCGAUGCGGUUAUUGCAUUGUUGAUUCAGUCCAUGGAUCCCCGGCAAGUCUGCCCCCAACUGCGUAUGUGCCCCACAGCUCGGGAAGAUAUCGAAAUAUUUGCUCCAGCUCAAAUCGAUGUCACCAUCGAUGCAACCGCAGGAAAGGAUAAACCUACGUGCCCGUUGUGCUUGUUUGCGGUUUCGCAGCUGGAAGAAAACAUCAAAAAUGAUCGCAGUAAGGAAAACAUUAAACAAGCUUUGAAUAAGCUCUGUUCGCACCUCUCUCCAAAACUAAAACUUGAAUGCACCGACUUUGUUGAUACAUACUCUGCUGAACUUGUUGAAAUGCUAGUGUCCGACUUCACUCCACAAGAAAUAUGCGUCUAUUUGAAGCUGUGCAUUGAUCAACGCCCCGACUUGAGCCUUCUCAAUAUGGAAUUCGAACAUGAUUUCCGUGAGAAAAAAGGCACUCAUUACGAUAUUGAAACAAAUGAAAUUGCUGACAACACCGUGAACGGGCAGGUUACCGUUGACCACCAGACCACUGUCACCUCUCCAGAAUGUCUUGUAUGUGAAGAAAUGGUCAAAGAAGUAGAAAAACGGGUUAAGAACAAAAAGAACAAAGACCAAAUAAAGGAAGCAUUGGAACACGCUUGUGAUCGAUUGAAAAAGUACAAGACCAAGUGCGAACGUUACGUUGAACAGCACAGCGAUCAAAUCAUAGAUCUGCUUUUGAAACAAUUAUCUCCGAAGGAAAUUUGCCAUAAUCUUGGAUUUUGCAUUGCUAAGGAAUUUGACGAAUUGGAAGUAGACGAAGCUCUAUUGGAUUACGUUGUUGAACCUGGCGUCGCAGUUGAACCCCCAAAGGAAUUGUUCAGUCCUGUAGAGGAGAGCCCUGUAGAAAAUCAACCACCCCAGUGCGCCAUGUGCGAAUUCGUGAUGGUCAAAUUGGAGUCCGAACUGGCUGACAAGAAAACCGAAGCCGAUAUCGAAAAUGCUGUCCGUACCGUUUGUGCGAAGCUUCCGAAUACCGUGACCAAGCAGUGUGAUCAUUUGAUUGACCAGUACGGCAAGUUUAUCAUAAAGUUCCUGGCCACGCUGCCACCGAAAGAGAUUUGUACAAGACUGGCGUUGUGCGAGAAGCAGCUGGCCAAACUGGAGGAAAGCAAUCUUGAAAUCAUUGAAUGUGCUGUUUGCCAGGGUGCCAUCAAAACGGUAGAUGACAUUUUGGGAAACAAAAAGAUUGACUACGACAUUGUUCAAGAUGUGGAAAAAAUCUGCAACACUCUGCCGGCCAAAUACUACGGAAAGUGCGAGAAAAUGGUCGAAGUUUACGGAGUGAGCAUGGUUCGCCAGCUGCAAAAGUAUGUCGAAAAAGAACAGGUUUGCGUAAAUAUGGGCAUGUGCACCAACAUGGACGGAUACGUUAAGUUCGAAGACGAGGUGGCGCCGGAGGAUCCCGUCAAGAAAGAAGAGGCACACCUUGUUGGACUAAACGAGUGUACGUGGGGACCAGCACAUUGGUGUGUUAGUGAAGAAAAUGCUCAGAAGUGUAAAGCCAGCCAGUUCUGCGCAAAGAAGAAGCUUGGUAAGUGGCAGGACUGAACCGGUGUAAGCCAUCUCUAUUGAACAACUAGUUUUUAAGUGUGCAGGGAAAAGCUUUCCGAUAGAAAACGAUACCAAGAAGUGCUAUAGUUUGAAUUAAGCUUUCGUGUUUACAAUUUCACUGUCCUUUCAGGAUUAUAUUUUGAAACUCUCACCUAUAUUUUUUCAAACCAAGGUAGUAAAAAUAGUUCAGCGUUCUAUUAUCUAAAAAGUAUUUAGAGAAGAAUUGUUAGGAACAAACGCAUCUGGUGAUACGUGGAGUGUGAUUGAAAUUACAUGAAAAGUAGGAUUUAACUCGGAGAAAGGAUCCGGUUGAAAAUUAGGCUGUUAAUAUCAUGUAUCUGUACGAUUUUGUAAAAAAAAAACAGUUUUUUAAUAAAUAGAAAUUUAUAUUAAUUGGA